AACGUUUGACGUCCGAGCAAUUGGAUGUACGGUCAGGUGUUGAUUCUAUGCAUUAUCGAGUUCGAAACCGUAGCGGAUGGAAAAUUAACGCAGAUGCGUUGCUGACAAAAAAUCGUGAACUUGUUGUAUCCGCCCGGAAUAAAGGUGGUUAAAGUGUGUGAAGUGGAUUGGAUUGCUCUUUUGAAGUGAAUAAAUCGUUCGACGAUGAUAAAAUUCAGCGGUUCGAACUGGUUUUCCAGGCCGCAGUCGCGGAAAAAAUCGAACGGCCAGCGAGCCACAGUAACGUUUCAGUUACCCGUCUCGCAGAAAACACCACGGAAGGGCCAUUUCGAUCCCAGUCCGCUACUGCAACAUCAGGUCUCGUGGUCCAGCACUCAAUCGAGCAGUGUCGAGGGCAGUUACUUUUCUCGUCAGAACAGCAUACGACGGAGCACAGCUAGCGGCAGCAGUUCCACCAGUUAUAGUGCCAGCAGGAGGCCGCCGCCGCCACUCAGACGACCGACGAGAGCCAUGGUCGACACCGAGAAGGAGGAAGCGUUGAACUUGCAAGUGGAAUUCGAAUGGGUCCUACAUGAAGAAGUUCAUUCAGUGCUGAAACAAUUGCAUGCUAUUUUGGUAGAAUGUGCGCAUCGGUUCCCAGUUCCACUGUAUGGAAACGAGGGCAAGAAGCAGGAUAAAUUCGUCCUAACGGCGGCUCCGGAACAACUUAAGUGUAUCGUUACCCUAACGGGCGAUAGUAUCACGCAUGCGGAUAUCAAUUUCAAGGUGCAGAGGCAACAGCAGCAGACUCAGAGGACUUCCAUCACCCAGGAUUACCCGUGGAAGAUUCAACAGGUUCAGGAUGCGGCCAACCACCUUCAGCAAGCAAUAAAUCACAUUGAUAAUGUCGACAGUUCGUACAAUUUCAAAACCUCCGAUGAGGUGUUGCAUAUCCUAGGAAACAUACUGGGCGCACUCCAACGGGGCCGAACUUCGUUGGUGGUGCCCCGCAAGAAACCCAUCGAUGAGCUCAUGAAGAGCCGAAACAUGAAAGCCUUAUCACCGAAUCUGCCGGAAGAUCUAGCUAUUAGUUUCUACAUUCAAAGCCACAAGUUGAUUUUUGUGGCUUACCAGCUCACGAAUUUCCAAGGUACAAUGAAGUUUGAUUCGUGUCAGGCGGAAUGCUCGGUACCGUGGUUGAACGAGGUGCUGGUGCUGUUCACAGUGGCGCUGCAGUUAUGCCAACAGUUGAAAGAUAAGAUUUCGGUUUUCUCUCAAUAUAAAGACUUCACCGUUGGCUCUCGUUCGGCUUCCGCAUUAUCCUAUUGAUUAGAUCAUUUGCCGGCGCCAGAAACACUUCUGCCAUGCCGGGCAUAGGAUGUUACAGGAUUGAUUGAUGGCCAUAGUUGUACCAACUCACUUCAGUUCAUCAUAAUUGGAUACCCAUUAGCUCCUCAAAACUGCUGUAAAAGAAAAAAAAAAACAUCACCUACAAUCUGAUAGUUCGUAAGAAGCGUGUAAAGUUUCCUUAUAUACAACCGUUGUUCAAAACGAAAAUCGAAGUUUGGUCGACCUGUCCUUGGAAUCAACUCCUGCAGGGAUGCCGACCGUUGUUGAAAAUAUUGAUGUUUGUUAACAUAAUUACUCGUGUUGUUAUCAUUCUAAGAUUAGCGGUAUGCUGGUAGGUUUUGAUUGCGAACGUAUCCUCUCUUUCAACGUUCACCAAGAAACCCCCAGAAGGCUAUCGCGGGAAUCCCAUUUAGAGCCGAUAGUAAGUCAUCACCAACUACUCACUUACCUUAUCAACUGCCUAAUUGAUGAUGUUACAUGUUAUCUAUUCGGUGUCUGGUAGGAAUCUAGUUUAUUGGUGUUGAUGAUUCGGUAGACAGCAAGAAGACAACACAUAUUUAGAUAAGCGAAAUGGUACUUAAGAAGCGUAAGUAAACAAAUCCGACAAAUAGUGGCAAAUAUUUACUCAACAUUGUGAGCAAAAGUUCAGUCAAGUCAACUGGCGAAUUGGUCCGCUAAGUACUAUAAAUAAAUCAAACGAGCCAAGUGUCGAUUAGAACACAUUACAGGACGGAAAGCUUUUAGUAUACAGGGUGGUUGUGUGGAAUUCUCUGAAUACUUGGAACCAUGGAAUCUCAGAAAUUCUAACGAAGCAUGGUGAGCUGAAAAUGGUGGAAACAAAUCGAAGUAGGCUGAUUUUUUUAUUUGUGAAUUUUGUGUUUUUUGUUUUGAAGAAAUAUAAAGUUGUUGAUUUUGUUUGCUUUCAGUUUGAGAAUGAUUUUGAUUCUGUUGAAUCGUUUGAUAUAUUUUUAUAUUUUUUCAUUCAAUCAUUUUGUGUUAGAUUUUUCGGCAGUUCAAACUCGAGUUUUCCAUUCGAUCUUUUCGUAGACAAACAAAAAAUAUGAAAAUAAAUGUGAUUGAAGUACACUAUUCUUAUGUAAAAAAAGCAAAACAUUCCGCAGUAGAGCGUUGUAAAAGUAGGAAUUAAAUAAACAUGUGUGUCAAUUUGGUUUUAGCUAGCCAAUAAGAAAAUACAUUUUAAAUUAGGCGUUAUUUCAUUGUAUUAGUAUAACUGGAAGUAAUUCUACUGCUAGUUUCACCCUAACUGCUAUUACUAAUACUAUUACUACUACUAUCACUACGGCUACUAAAACUACUGUUACUAAUAUUUUAUGCUUCAACGGUUUGCGACUAUCCACUACCUAUAUUAUUGCUUAUAACGUUGGAUAACUAUCGAAGUUGUUAAAAAUAAACCUACAUUUAUUUUAGGUGUCAACCGAUACUGGUCGGCACACGUUUUGGAAUGUGAUAAGCUGAACUUUUUUAACAUUUCUGCUGAUACCACGAUUCGCAAAUCUAAUUGACAAACCAGCGAUCGGAUAUCAGCUUCAUCAAACUAUCAUCUGAGUGACAACAUGAGAGUGGAAACGACAAUAAUAACUACUUAUAAUGCAAACUGAGCUCCUUUCAUCCAGAUUCCGCAAACAAAAUCGUAAAACCUUUGAUCUCGUGUAGCUCUUUCACUGGAGGGCUAAAGCGCCAAACAAUGUGAACAUUUGUAUACAUUAACCGAAUUAAAGUUACCCAUUAGUGAUGAUAAAAAAGAGUACUCGCCCACGUUUGCUGUGUUUCCCAAUCACUUCGUUCUUCGUUGCAAAUAAAUCCAGCUCUCGUAAGCAGAACAACAAAAAAAAAACUGUAUCAAAAAAUAAUUCGGCCAUUCACCAGAACCAAACAGGUGUAUAUUAAUGAAAAUGGGAAAAUAAAAUCAGUUCAACCGCA